AAGCCGCCGAUGUUAAUAUUUGUCGGCACGGGGCUCUGUCCAUCACACGACUAAAGUUUAUCUUUUUUCAGGAAAAUAUGUAAAAAAGACAGAAAUUACAAAAAAUUAGGAAUUUGUAUUGUUCAAUCAUGUCGUGGGUAUCAGAUUAUAAAUAUUCCUGGCUGGAAACAUUAGCAAUGAAUGUCAUCAAGGCUGGAGGUCAUUUACCUUACCAUAUUGCCUUUGUAAUGGAUGGUAAUCGCCGUUACGCCAAUUCACAACAUAUUCGGAAAAUAGAUGGCCAUUCAAAGGGCUUUGAUAAAUUGGCUGACUGCUUAAGAUGGUGUUUGGAUUUGGGAAUUCGAGAAGUUACAACUUUCGCAUUUAGUAUUGAGAAUUAUAAAAGAUCAGAAGAAGAAGUCAACGGUUUACUAGAUUUGGCCCGAGAGAAAUUUUCAAAACUUUUAGAAGAGUCUUCUAAAUUACAAGAGCAUGGAGUCCGGAUUAGAGUUAUUGGCAAUUUAAAACUUUUACCGGUAGACCUACAGAAACUAAUAGCGAAAGCAAUGCUUUUAACUGAGAAUAAUAACAAACUUUUUCUAAAUGUGGCAUUUUCAUAUACUUCCCGAGACGAGAUAACGCAAGCAGUAGAAUCUGUUUUAAUGUAUGGCGAUAAUUUAGAAGUUAAUAAUAUAAGUGAACGGCUUUUAGACGAAUGUCUUUACACACGACAUUCUCCAUCACCAGAUUUACUUUUUCGAACCUCUGGAGAGACUCGAAUUAGUGAUUUUUUGAUGUGGCAGCUUGAUUCAACGGUUUUAUAUUUUACAAAAAUACUUUGGCCUCAAAUUACAAUCUGGAAUUUUUUAGCUGGGGUAUUUUCCUAUCAACGUGCAGCUCUGCGCUUGGAGCAUUACAAAAGACAUGAACGUUUAGAACGUGCUCAAGUGGCAAAGAAUUCCAAUUUUUACAGCGACAGUGUUCAAGACUUUCUUGAGCGUUUGGAUAUGUUUAGGAAAAAUAUACUUUUGCAAUUGUGGUCUUCAAGUCAAUAGCUUUAUUAAAACAAAUUAAGAAAUAAAGUGUUCAUUGUUAUUGUA